AUGGUUAUUAAACGCAACGAGCCAUGCUACGUCCUAGGCGUUGGCAUGACCAAGUUCAUCAAGCCUAGAGGCAAGGUUGAUUAUACAGAACUUGGUUUUGAAGCGGGUGUCAAGGCUAUGCUUGAUGCGCAGAUCAACUACGACGAUGUUGACCAAGGAGUUGCUUGUUACUGCUAUGGCGACUCAACCUGUGGACAGCGAGUAUUCUACCAAUUCGGCAUGACCCAAAUUCCUAUAUACAAUGUCAACAACAAUUGCUCGACCGGGUCGACGGGAUUACAUAUGGCGCGGAACAUCAUCAGCCAUGGAGGCGCUGAUUGUAUGCUCGUGGUUGGGUUUGAGAAGAUGAACCCGGGAAGUCUUCAGAGCUUCUGGAAUGAUAGGGAAAAUCCUACUGGUACGACUACGAAGAUGAUGUCGGAGACCAGAGGCAUUACCAAUGCCCCAGGUGCUGCACAAAUGUUUGGGAAUGCUGGUCGGGAGUACAUGGAGAAAUAUGGCGCCAAAGCAGAGGACUUUGCGGAGAUUGCUCGCAUAAACCACGAGCACUCGCAGCGAAAUCCAUACUCUCAAUUCAAAGAUGUCUACACCUUGGAACAAGUAAUGAAAUCCAAGAUGAUCCACGAGCCUCUGACCAUGCUCCAAUGUUGCCCAACAUCGGACGGAGGAGCAGCUGCUGUUCUCGUCUCACAAGAUUUCCUUGACGCUCGUCCACAUCUUAAAGACCAAGCCAUCUUGAUCGCAGGACAAUGCAUGGCCACUGAUGCACCAAGUCUGUUCUCCAAAUCAGCGAUUGACUUGAUGGGAUUCGAAAUGUCCAAAUACGCCGCUGCGACCGCAUUGAAGGAAGCCGGUCACACGCCAGCAGAUGUGAAAGUCUGCGAGUUACAUGACUGCUUCUCUGCUAACGAGAUGAUCACCAUUGAUGCUUUAGGCCUAAGCCCACCCGGUAAAGCUCAUGAAAUGGUCCGAAAUGGCGAUAUCACAUAUGGAGGCAAAGUCGUUGUUAACCCUUCCGGUGGUCUCAUCUCCAAAGGUCACCCACUAGGAGCUUCCGGAAUUGCUCAGUGCGCCGAACUGGUCUGGCACUUACGAGGCUGGGCCAACAACCGUCUCACUCCCAACACUAAAGUCGCAUUGCAACACAACUUAGGUCUUGGCGGUGCCGUUGUUUGCACAGUGUACAAACGCGCAGAUGGGAAAGAGGCGACUGAAGUCAGCAGUGCGGAGAUUGGGCAGAGGAAUAAAUUGGGUUAUAACCCCGCUGUUGAGGCAAAGGGGUUUACGGAGACGCAGGCGACGAGCGUGAGGAGUAAGAGUAAGGCGAGUCAGUGGGCGCUGCAGGAUACGGAGAAGAAGGUUGAGGCGAGAUUCUAA